AUGAUUUUAGUCGUGUUCGAUAGUUGUGUUCCAUCCGAGCUGUCUAAAUUAAGCACUAGGAGUUCAGAGAGUGAUAGAAGAAGCGAUAUAGAUAGCGCUUCAGAAGGAGAAACUGCUAGGAAGGAAGACAAUAAAACAUUGCGCAUCAAAUUUAAAAUGAUAACAAAAGGUGAAAACCCCACUUAUGAGAUCGUGAAGCCUAGCGAUGAGAGGGAUGAAUUGAACGAAAAAACGCUACCUCGCAAAGAAGCAAAAAAAAGGAAGAACGAAGAAGCCGAGACAGAAAAGGCAAAAAGAAGGAAGACAAAAAAGGCAAGUAGAAAAGAGACAGAAAAGGCAGAAAGAAGCAAGACAGAAGAGGCAAAAAAGAAGAAGAGCGAAGAAGCCGAGACAGAAGACGCAAAAAAGAGGAAGGGCGAAGAAGCCCAGUCAGAAAGAAAUGAAUCAAAGUUGGUACCAAAGGAGGUAUUCCCAGACGGCAAUAAUUCGAAGGAUCCUAAGCACGAGUCAAAGUCGCCGCCAUCAAAAUCUAGCCCGAGUCGAGAGUAA